AUGUUGAACGUAGUGGUAGCCGUCGUCCUGCUCGCAACGCUUGGCCUCAGUCAGGCCCAGUUCGCGUCGCCGUCGCGUUAUUAUCUGCCACCGGUGGCAAGUGAAAGUGCUGCACCAUCGCCCCAACCACCGAUUAUCACAAAACAGUUCUUCAGCGUCUCGGCGGCAGAGGAUGUACAGGACGUGCAACCGCGCAACAAACAUCUAGUGAUUGGACGUGCCACACGCAACUAUCGCGUCAUCUUUAUACGUGCCCCAACUGCCCAAAGCGAGGCAAUCAAAUAUACAGCUGAGUUGGCGCCCCAAGAGGAGCGCACUGUUAUCUACGUAUUAAGCCGCAAACAACAGGAGCUAGAGGCACAGGAUAUUCAAACAUCGAAGCAACAAGAGACGCCCGCCAAGCCAGAGAUCUUUUUCAUCCGCUACAAGACCAACGAGGAGGCAGCUGCUGCCCAACGUGAGAUACAAACACAGUACGAUGAGCUUGGUGGCAAUACAGAACAUGCCGCCCCCUUUGUGGCACCAGUGCAAUCAGUGGUGGGUGCCUUGGAUGCAGCAAUGCCACCAAAUGUAGCAGCACCACUUGUUCCUCCUGCUGAGGGUUACGACUACCAGCGACCGAUGAUGGCACGCCUUUUUAGAUAG